UUGUCCAGAAGGGAAGAAUGAGAGUCUCGGACGGGUCGGUACUGUGGCGGAGUUGGACCGCGCUGCGAGUUUUACUGGGUGUUUCCACGUGGCUGCGGAGCCGGUAGGAAUGGGCUAAUCAUCACCCCGUACCAAUCCAAACAGACCAUGCCAGUCCACUCUCCAAGCGGGCGAGUGUUUGGGCUUUUGGCGACCUGCCUGUGCACCGCUUUCUUGUGCUUCCAUCAGGUCUUGAGCGGGGAACAACAGACAGAGCCGGGCGGAUCCCCGGACACAGAGGAAGCCGGCGACUCCCCGCUGUACAGGUACUCCUUGGUGUUCCUGAUAUGUUACUGUCUCCUCAAAUACUGCCUUUGGUUGGUGCCUCGGCAACCCUCGCCUCUCCGGGGAGCAACAUCAACUCACGUCAGGAAGAUAGUUUUGGAGCAUUACUACGAACAGCAGCUGAAACUGUCUCCCCACGUCCUAGGACACAGCAAGUCACAUGUGACCAAGAUAGUCAGCGAGCUUGUAAAAGUUGGUAAAACCGAGCACCAGGAUUUCACGCUGACAUUUCGAGGGGACUUCGUUCAGAUUGGCAGUGCGUAUGAACAGCAUAAGAUUAACAGCCCGGACUGUUUUGAUGUUCUUAUCCCAAUAAAAGUGCCCCAGCUUCUGAAGCUAGAGCCCGCCUUUGAUAUCGGGAGGAACGAGCUACCCUUCAGUCUGAGGGGAACAGCUGUCUGCAGAUUAAUACCCUCCUGCAGCUCCGAGUGGUCAAGGUACAGGAAAGUUUUUGCUGAUUGUUUCUGUGUCCACUUUCAGAAGAAGUCAGCUCUGUCAUCCACCCAGGUGCUGAGGUGGUUUUACAGCAAGAUGCACAGAUGCCUGAAUGUCAUCAGAUACCAGUGUGAAGAGCGAUGCUCCCUCACCCUAUCUGUGGUCAAUGACCAACUGAUACUGAAACUGUUGCCAAAGUCCGAUUACGUGUGCUGUCACAUUUCUAUGUCAGUGCGACUAAUUCCAGCUGUGCAUGUGGGUGAUUCAGUGUUUCUGGUAGCCCAGCCCUGGACUAGCACGGAGCCAGUUCUCCGGCCUUUGAAACCAGCGGCCUUUUGGCAUGUCUAUCUCUCAAAGCACGAGCAGAAGCUCCUGAACUGGCUGAAGGUUCAAACUCCAGUCAACUCCUGCCACUUGAAAUGCCUACAGAUUCUGAAAGCUCUUCGAGACCUGGGUUGCAAAGAUUUUGACCAGGAAUUUUCGAUUCAGUGGAACGCAAUCCUUUGCUCCUACAACAUGAAGACGGCCCUUUUUCAUCUGCUGUUGAAAGGCCCCCUGGAUGCGUGGGAUGAAAAAUUCCUAAUGGAACGAUUAGAGGACUUAAUUAAGUUCUGGAGGGAACGGUUGCAGCAACAGGAACUGAUGCACUUUUUCCUGGGGAAUAAAAAUAUCCCAGACUUCUUGACAGUGCCAAGGAAAAUCAAGGAUGUCUUGCCAGUGAACCUCCUGGCUGGGUUUGAUGCUGCUCUUUUGGAUAUGGUUUCCUUUCAACUCUUGAAUACAUGGAAUCGAGCACACUUAAUAAUGAGGUUAAAUAAUCAUAAAUGCUGGCCCAGGAAUUAUUAAUGCGGAAAGGUGGUGAUGCCUGAAUCUGUCUCCAUAUUAACGUAAUAACAUUGUCAAUCUUUUUCUGCUUUUCAUAUCUGUUAAAUUGUACAUUGGGCAUUUUAAUUUAUUGCAUCUCAUUCCCAGUGACACUAUCUUUGGAAAUUAUUGUUAUAUCCCCAAUCGGCCAGAAGGCAGUGUCACAGUAUUAUUUAGUUGCUCUCAUUCCAGUAAACAGCAUUCUAAGGUGCACUUAAUAUUGAAAGUCAGCUUUUACUCAGAUGUGUAAAUUUUUAAAGCAUUUAAG